AUGAAGAAAAAGAAAACCAUCUUUGCUAAUUACUCAAAUAAUUGUACUCUGAAACCUACAGAUCUUGUAUUUGUCUUGGAUGAGAGUGGGAGUGUGGGGGAACCAAAUUUUAUUCUUCAAAAUGAAUUCGUUGCAAAAUUUGUCGAAGAUUUUAACAUUGGCAAAAAUGCAACCCAAGUUGCAGUAGUAACUUUUUCGACUUUAGUAAAAGUCGAAUUUUUCCUGGACACUUAUCACGAUAAGUCACAAUUAAUUGAGGGUAUUAAGCAUAUUAACUACUCACAUCCCGGUUUAACAAUGACUCAAAGAGCUCUAGCAACGGUAAGAACUAAAAUUUUGUUCCCAUCGAAAGGAGGAAGACCCGACGCUCUGCCUUUCGUAAUUGUUCUGACUGAUGGAAAAUCCAUGAAUCAAGCUCAGACAGAAUUGGAAGCAAAAAAACUUCAUAACAUGAAUGUCACAGUUUACGCCAUUGGUAUCUCCGAUCAGGUGAAUGAAGUCGAAUUGCGGGGAAUUGCAUCUAAAAAGGAUUACGUCAUUAUGGUGAAAGAUUUCAGUAUUUUGAAUUCUGUACGCGGUAAAGCGCUAGCCGGUGCUUGCGAAGCAAUUUUGAAAAAAGUAAAGGGAGACAAUGCCACUCUAUCAACAAAGCCAGCGCUUACCACUAUGAAAACCACAGCUACUACAACUACCAAAACGACUCCUACCACCACACCACCGACCACCACAACUCCGACCACUACCACCACAACUCCGACCACUACCACAACAACUCCAACCACUACCACAACUCCAACCACUACCACAACAACUCCAACCACUACAACAACUCCAACCACUACCACAACUCCUACCACUACCACAACUCCAACCACUACUACUACAAAACCUACCACUACCACAACUCCAACCACUACCACAACACCUACCACUACCACAACUCCUACUACCACAACUACCACUACAACUUCUACCACUACCACAACACCCACCACUACAACAACACCGACCACCACAACUCUUACGACUACCACUAUAACACCCACUACUACAACUCCUACGACCACCACCACAACACCCACCACUACAACUCCUAAGACAACCACCACAACUGCCACCAUUACAACUCCUUCCACUACAACUCUUACUACCACCACCAUACCGGCCACAACAACGCCUACCAGUACAACCUCGAUAUCUACUACUACUCCUAGCACUACCUUACUUACCCCUACAACUUCAUCCAGCUCCAUUAUUACCACCACAACUCCUACUACCACCGACAUCCCUACCAUUCGAACAUCAUCCACAACCACUCCUCCUACUACGACAGUCAAAACCCCUUCUACCACAACCCAAAAAAUGAACACUUCUCCUAAACCCCCCAGAGCUACGGCCUCUAGCACCAAACAUAGCACCACAACCAUGACAAAAACUACUUCCAUCACCACUUUACACUGUGACUUCCAAAAUUCAGCAUGUGGCUUUUUACUUCACCAACCCUAUUCCAACACCACAUGGAUUAUGUGCAGUGGGUCAACCGCAACAUGCAAAAUUCACCCGAUAAAUGACAACACCUUCAGAAACUCAACUGGACAGUUUCUCUAUAUAAAUGGAUCUAUGAUAAAUAAGGACAAAUCGGGAUACAUCUUCAGUCCACUGAUAAGUGACCAAUCAAACAAAGGAGCCUGUCUUCAAUUUCAUUAUCAAAUGUUUGGAACUGAUACAAAAACCCUAAAUGUGUACAUAACAAACGGGUCUAUAUCUCUACGAGACGCUACCCUAAUUUGGUCGAAAACACUAACCGCAACAACACGCAGCUGGUAUUCUGCAGAAGUACUACUGAACAUAGGUCCCAAAGGCAGGGUGAUUUUUGAAGGAUUAAAGCCAAAGCUUAGCGAAAGCGGAUUUGCGAUCGACGAUAUAUCGGCAACACUAGGAGUCUGUUUACGUCAUACAUCGUCAUCUCCUGAUUUAUCGGUAUCAAAAUCCACACCUGUAUCAUCUCAAACUUCCAAUCCUUCGACCAGCAGGUUUUCUAAAACAAAAUUUGUAAUUCCUGGUUGGUUCCAACUUAUCGAAAUCGGGCUCAUCGGUGUAUCAGCUAUCAUUGGCGUUGGGGUUCUUGGAUGCUGUUGCUUGAAAUUCUUUGGUGGCAAACGCAGGCAGGACGACGAUGAUGAAGAUGAAGAAGAUGAAGAGGAAAUACUGCCCUCAUGGAAACAGAGCCACAGACUUCCAGCAUCAAAACCAGGAGGAUGGACAAAUGGACUUAAGUUUUAA